GGAGAGUUUUAUGGGGAGGAACCUAUAUAAAUGCAUUCAACACUCUUCUCUGCAUUCGCUCUCAAACCUGAAACAUCUGUGCAUCUUACUUGGAGACAAAGCAUUCAAUUUAACCAAAUUCAAAGAUGGACAACAAGUCUUAUGUGGUUCAGAUGACUGGGAAUGGAGUUCACGGUAAAACUGUGCUGACGGCCAAAAGCCUGAGUGGGAUUGGAGUCAACGGGAAGGGCUUUCACGGGAACGCUCUGCAACACGUCAACGUGAACGGCAGCCUGUACCCGGCCAAGGUGAAGAGCCGCAGGCUGAGGUGGGAUGUGAAACCAUCGGAGAUGGCCAACAACACCCUGAAUCCCAUCAGGGCCAUUGUGGAUGGAAUGAAACUCACCCCAAACCCUGAAAAACCCAUGAUUGCACUUUCCAUAGGCGAUCCAACCGUCUUUGGAAACUUGCCUACAGACGAUGCAGUGAUUCAAGCCAUGAAAGAUGCCAUUGAUUGCCAAAAAUACAAUGGCUAUGCACCUUCUGUGGGUUACCUGAAGAGCCGGCAGGCGGUGGCCAACUUCUACAGCAUCCCACAAGCUCCACUGGAAGCCGAGGACGUGAUUCUGACCAGCGGCUGCAGUCAGGCCAUUGAACUUGCUAUAAAUGUCCUGUGUAACCCCGGGGACAACAUUCUGGUCCCGUGCCCCGGCUUCUCCUUAUAUAAGACUCUGGCUGUGUCAGUGGGGAUUGAGGUCAAACUCUACAACCUGCUGCCGGAUAAGUCCUGGGAGAUUGAUCUGCAACAUUUGGAAAGCAUGAUUGAUGAGAGGACUUCCUGUUUGAUUGUAACCAAUCCCUCCAACCCGUGCGGCUCCGUCUUCAGCAAGGAACACCUGCAGAAGAUCCUCAAAGUGGCAUCCAAAUACUGUGUUCCCAUUCUGGCCGAUGAGAUCUACAGCGAUAUGGUUUUCCCAGGAUGCAGCAGCCCCUCUCUGGCUUGUCUCAGCAGUGACGUUCCCAUCCUGUCCUGCGGUGGUCUGGCCAAACGCUGGCUGGUCCCCGGCUGGAGGCUGGGCUGGAUUCUGAUCCACGACAGGAAUGACAUCUUUGGCUCUAAGAUUCGUCAGGGCCUGGUGAAGCUCAGUCAGCGGAUUCUGGGAGCCUGCACCAUUGUCCAGGGGGCGCUGGAGAGCAUCCUGAACAACACCCCUCAGAGCUUCUACAACAACACCAUCAGCUUCCUGAAGUCAAACUCUGAAAUCUGUUACAACCAACUGUCCCUUGUUCCCGGCCUGAACCCUGUGAUGCCUUCAGGAGCCAUGUACCUCAUGGUUGGGAUCGACAUGGACCACUUUCCAGAUUUUACCAAUGACGUUGACUUCACUGAACGACUGGUGACAGAGCAAUCUGUCUUUUGUCUGCCUGCUUCGGCAUUUGAGUAUCCCAAUUUCUUCCGCAUCGUGGUGACUGUACCUGAGGAGCUGAUGCUCCAGGCGUGUGCUCGCAUCAGGGAGUUUUGCCAGCGUUACUAUCGCCCCCACAGCUGCGACAGCAAUGACCUGGAUCAGUGAAGCAGUGGCGCUAUUGUGUACAUCUCUAUGGAUGCAGAUCUAAAAACAAAAAACAAAUACUUUGCUAGGACUCUACAAAAUUUAAAAUUGGUGUCACAAUUGUCAUGCUACAUGUCAUUGCCAUGGCAACAAAUCCUAAAAGCAUGAAGUCUGAUGCUGUUCGUUUUCGAUAAAAAAAAAGGAGCAAAUAUUUAUGUUUUUCACUAGCAUCCAACGUUUCACCACCAUCCAACAUUAACGUUUUAGUACAUACAUAUAACUUGUGCUUCAUAUUUCAUACCUCAACUGCAGAAUCUAAAGGCUGCACAAUCUACAUGUGAUAGCAGGAAGUACAUACGGUUAUUUUUGUAUUAAGAAUUAAUGACCAUUUUUUUUAUUUUCUGGCCAGAGUUGGACUGCAAUGACUUGUUCUUCAUCAGAACUUUCCUUGUAAAUAGUAUGUAUGUUAUUGUUUAACAUUACAAGUACUUUUGUAUUUUCUGCUUUUAUUUCAAGCAUAAAAUGUUGUUUGGUAUUUCUUUUUUUAUAUGACUAUCUAAUAAAAAAUACUCAACCAGCA